AUGUCAUCAAGUUCGCAACUAGUAGUAUCUCCGCUCACGUCAAAUUGCCAUCGCCCUACCGAAUACGCCAGCUUGACAACUAAGUAUGGCUUCCUCGAAACUGCGAAACGGGUGGAUCAACUGGGGGCCAGACGGUGCUUUCGACGUUUGACUCGCUGCGACAGCCUCCUGGAGCUAGCACUACCAUUGCGACCAAAAACCGCAGCUAAAGACGAUAGAGGAACUAUUUCUCGGGUCAGAAUCCGAACUUUGGCCCUGCAACUGCUCGCAGAGCUUGACGAUAUACAUAUGACGAACGCCAUUGGACCAGCUUUUCUCGCCGUCAGUUUGGGAUUAGAUGAGCAUGAAAGACUCUCUGGAGCGUCAAUAGUCCAAGAACACUUGAGCCACACAUCCGACUACCGAUCCCUACCAAGCUGUCGUAGCAAUCGUCCCAAGGCGCUGUCAUAUCCCUAUCUAGCUACUAUUCCAUCACUUCCGAACCUCGGUAAGCCGUCCCAGCCUUUCAAUGACCGAAAUAUCGGGCACGGAUCCUUAUCCCUGGUAUAUGUCUCUCAUUUCGGAAGAUUCCAACAUGUUUGUUCAUCUAGCCAACCAGAAUUAACUUCAAAUGUUAUAUCAAUCGGCUUUCUUGUUCGCAAUGCGUUGAAAAUGGUUCAUGAUCGCCGGGCAUCUGCACCUUGGCGACAAAACCACACUAGUUCGAGGAAAGAUUAUCUGCAUCGCUAA